CAGACGUAGCAAGCGGCAAAAGCUGCAACAACAAGAAAUUAAAAGAAGUGUGGCAAAGUAGAAAAUCGCUUUGUAAAAUCCGAUAAUUGAGACGCGUUUUAAGACUACAAAAAUUUGCCUAAGUCAACAAACUGAAUAAAAAAACUACACCUAAAUUAAAUCUGAGACGCGGCUACGGCCGUCAAAAGUGAAAAUUGGUUGAGGGAAACUUGUAUCGCGGUUCUUUCUAGCGAGGUGUCAACAGGAAACAAGGAAAAAUGAAAUCACGUUGCCUCUUCUGGGCCUUGCUCCAUUGUGUACUGUAUUUGGAUCUAGUCAGCGGCACCAACAUUAAUGGGGAUGAUCUAAUGGAUUUCGAUUUUGCUGAUACGCCUGAUACAACAGACUGGCAGCUGGACGACGCCGAACUACAGGGUCAUGAUUCAGAGAAUAAAAUUGAUAAUAAUAUGCUAGACUUUAGUGUGGACCUUAAUGAGCCAGAGCCAGAGAGGCACCAGGUAUCACCCUUCGACUGGCGCGAAAAGGUUCUACGCAAUGCACUGGCAAAGGCACUCACUGAUGAGGAACUCCGUCAAAAGUUCGUGGAAGUAAUGCCCAUACUAAGAGUUUUGUCCUCGCAGCAACGAUUGGCUCUAUCGGCAUUGAUUUCCGCCCAAAUGAACGCUAAGCAGGGACAAGAACUAAGGCUAGAGCAGGUUCGCAUGAUGUUUGGCGACGAUAAGAAGCUUCUGCUGCCCAUUGUCUAUGAUCUAGCUAAUUUGGUGAAGAACUCAGCACGGAAAUACAUUAAUCUUGGUACUGAUCUAGCGGCUGCAGCAUUGCUUAAUCGUAGGCAAGAUAAAUUAACGGAGGAAGAGAGUGAUCACGAUGACAACGUGGGUACUAUUGAUGUCAGCGCCAUGGCAGAGGAAGACCCCUCCUCCUCUUCCUCGUCGUCGCUGGAAGAUUUUUUCGAUGAGAUGCAGGCUGAGGUUUUGGACCCACAAAUUAUUAACGAAGCCUUACAGUCCGAUCUGCGGAAUAAAACCAACCAGUCUCACAAAAAACGUGUACGGCGCUCGCCCAAUGAGUUCAUUCAUAAGCUGACCCGCUCGGUUCCUGCCUCGGUCAAUGAGCAGCAGUUAAUGGGGGGUCUGGCUGGACGAACUAUCAAAUUGAAUACCACAGCAUUCCAGCAGCCCACUGACCCGACAACGGCAGCUCCAUCGCCCUCAGUACAAACAGAAUCUUAUAUGGAAAUAGAGGAUCUUGCCUUUGCAGGGCUAAAUGGAACCGAGUUGCCUUUGAAUGGCGCUGAUAGGCGUAACACUACAAUUAACGAAGAUGAAAAUUUGGAGCCCCUUCCUAAUCCAGAAGAGCUGAUAGCAGGUCCCCGAUAUCGCAUGGGCAGUAGCAAGCGACCCAAUCAAAAGGUGGCUAUUAAGCGGAAGCGUGUGCAAUAUCAGUCAGGACGAGGCAGACCGAAGACAUCGGCCAGCUCACAUAAUCCUGUUGUGGCGCCCCCAUACAAGAAGUGUGAACGCUUCACUAGCCACAUGUGCAUACGCACAGAUGAUUAUCCACUUGAUCAAAUUAUGGGCAGUAUUCGUAGGCAUAAAAAUGCCAUGUCCGCCCUUCUAGCCGAGUUCUAUGACAAACCUAACAACAAUUUGGAAUUCGCCGAUGAGUUCGACGAUUAUGUGAUAAACAAGAAGCGACGUGAAGAUGAGGGCUCAGCUGGAGGCAUGUGUCAGAGUGUGGUGCGCUAUGCCCGACCCCAAAAGGCAAAGUCUGCUUCGGGAGAGUGGAAAUUCAUAGUGAAUACGGGACAGCAUACUCAAACUCUGCGGCUUGAGAAGUGCAGCAAUCCCGGUGAGAGUUGCUCAUAUCUGGCCCAAACUUAUCGUUCUCAUUGCUCCCAGGUCUACAACUAUCAUCGCCUCUUGAGCUGGGACAAGGUACGCGGCCUUCAUGUGGAUAUCUUUAAGGUGCCCACUUGCUGCUCUUGUCAGGUUGACGGCUAUCGCCAACAGUUUCCGCCGCUCUCCUCUAUUCAAGCUAAAGAUUACUCGCCGGGGUCCAGCUAUAAGCUGGAUAAUGGCAAUAGCAAUGGCUACAGCACUAUUAACGAGGACGAUCUUGAUUACAACGAUGAGAGCGAAGAAGAUGAACUCGGCCUUGGCUAUGGUAACUACAAUAGUCGCGAUACCAACGAGUUGUACUCCAGCAGCAACAAAGUGCGUAACAAGACCCCGGCUCCGGCUAGUUUGGGUCCUUAUCUAAGUCCACCCGACGACGAAGAGCAAUAUGCAAUAGGCUCCAGUUACAAGAGCCACAAAAGUCACAAGAGUAGCAGUAGUAGCACCGGAAGUGGUGGUAGUCUGCCUCUAGCUAGUUCCAGUUCGAAAAAGUACUACAGCCAGGUCAGCCGACGUCGGCCCCAGCAUACUGAGGCUCGCGUGGAUCUGGAUUUGGCUCCAGCACCUAGCGAGCUGCACACUGAUCAAGAGGUAAACGUAUUUGCCGGCCCACCGCUGGCUGGGGAAAUGCCGAGAAUACCCCUCAAUCGCAAGCGUAUUUAUACCUCCACCCAUACAGCCACCGCAGCAUCUUCAACAUCAUCCUCAUUAUCACCGUCUGGAGGAGCAGGAGCGGGAUCAGGAGCAGCCCGCAUACGCAUACCUCAGACCACAAGCACCAGUCUUCCCGCCCGAACAGGAACUGCCGCAGCAGCCGCAGUCGGCCCAGCAGUCAGUAGUGCCGCCCAUGCCCAUCAAACAGUUGCAUCACCUAACCCUGCCGUCGUCCAGGGCCAACGUACCAAGUCGCGACCUCGUUUCUAUGCGCCCCACGCGACUGCGUCGCCCACCCAGUCGAUCAUCGCCAGCCCAGCUAGCUCAGCGGCGUCAUUACCGACAGGCCACCAUGAGCAGCAGCAGCAGCAUCAAUCGACGGCACUUCCCCAACAACCGGCGUCCGUUAAUUACCAUGUGAACUCCAUUUACGGCGGUGGAGUGGCAGGAGGUGUCGAAGUUGGAGGCUCUCAUAAUGGUACCAAACGGGUUAACUACAAUUAUCAUCCCAUUAUCGAUUUCUUUGAAAAGAACAGACGGACGGAGGCAGCUGUAAACCAUGAGAGAGACUACGAUACUGAAGAAUCUCGCCUAGUGGAACAGCGUGUCUAUCCAGGAGUGGGUGUGGGUGUGGGCAUGGGCAAAAACACAGCUGGCAUCUAUCAGCAUCCUAUUCCAACAACUUCGCAUGAACGUCGCAUGGGAUUUGGUUCUGGUGGCUUGGGGGGUGCCGGGCGGCCUGGUUUUGCCAAUGACAAUGCCUGGCAGCCAAUGGUUGUGGAGCAAUAGAUUAAGUCGCAUGAUUCCCUCAAGCCUGUCGUCCAUCCUCCACAAGCCCUAACCUCUAACGUAUUAACCAGCACUGAAUGUUGCGAUUCUCUAUUUAAAUGCCGGCCUUAUAUUGCCUGGGAAUCGUGUUUUGGUAGUUU